AUGCGAUCAGGAGAAGUUGGUCACUCGGUCAUGGGACUUGUGAGCGAUAUCAGACGACUCAUGGAACCUAACACGGCCACCAAACUUCGAGAGCGUAAAAAUAAUCGUCUUCGUGAUUUUGUGGCUGUGGCUGGUCCCUUAGGUGUAACACAUUUUGUAAUCUUAUCCAGGACAGAUCACGGUACCAACCUCAGGAUCGCACGUUUACCCCGUGGACCUACACUCUCAUUUCAAGUCAAGACUUAUUCUUUAGCCAAAGAUAUUGCUGCAAUGCAAAAGUCCCCCAAAUCGCCCGGUUUAGAGUUUCAUGUAGCCCCUCUACUCGUCCUCAACAACUUUGGAGAUUCAAAGGAGAUGAAGCUCAUGAGUACAGUCUUUCAAAAUAUGUUCCCUCCCAUCAAUAUCCAGUCCAUGCAAUUGACUGACGCUCGUCGUGUCGUCCUCCUCAACUACAACAGUGAGACUAAACAUAUUGACUUUCGACACUACAAUAUCUCUGUCAAACCCGUCGGCAUCUCUAAAUCAAUUAAACGAGUCAUCACGACUGACGUUCCCGAUCUUCAAGGAUUCGAUGAUAUCUCAGACUAUGUACUUCGUGGCGCUUUCGCUUCAGAAUCCGAUGUAGAAGACGGUCCCGAAUCUACUGUUACAUUGGGCCAAGAUUACGUUGGGCGCAAUAAUAGGAAACAGGAUCAGCGUGCGAUCAAAUUGGUAGAAUUGGGUCCCAGGAUGGAGCUGAGACUUGUCAAGAUCCAAGCAGGGUUAUGCGAUGGCGAAGUUCUUUACCAUGAUUACAUCAAAAGAUCUUCUGAAGAGCUCAAGGCUCAGAAGGUUGCACGCGAAAAGAAGAUGCAGGAGAAAGCUGCCCGCCGCAAGGCCCAAGAAGAGAAUGUGGCCAAGAAGAAGGCGGAAAAGGAAGCAGCAAAGGAGGCACAUCGUAUUGCUACCGGCGGAGCUCCGCGCAAAUCUGAAGACAGGGAUGAUGACGAUAAAGAUGACGAUAUUGCAUCGACAACCAAGAGGAGACGUGGAAGCGAGGAUUAUAGCGACGACGAUGACGGCAAUGAGGAGGAACGGUAUCAUGAUGAUUCAGAUAAUUACUCUGAUAUGGGCGACAUGGCUCCUCAAUUCUCGGAUGAUGAUGAAGGUGAUUACUCUGGAGACGACCACGAUCAAAUGGAAGGCUUUACUGAUGAUGAUCUGGAGUAG